AUGUUCAUCAUUCAGGCGUCUGCUGUCCGUAGCGCGUUAGCGAAACAGAAUCCUUCGGGUGAACGCGAACCCCCAGUGCGCUGCUCACCGCUAGGUUGCGCCCCGUUUGGCGCUCGGAGAGUUUCAGUGCACGGGCGACGAGUAGCAAGAAGCGCUCCGCGUCCUAGGCUGCUUUGUCGAAAGCUUGAUGACAAACAAGUUGUUACGGACUACUUUAACACCACUGGAUUCGAGCGCUGGCGUCGAAUUUACUCCGAUUCCGAACAGGUAAACCGCGUUCAGCGUGACAUCCGGUUAGGGCACGCGGAAACCGUACACAAGGUACUGGGUAUGCUUGAUGCAGCCUCCGUGGACUGGGCUACACACACUGUUCUGGACGUUGGUUGCGGGGUCGGCUCUCUGGCCAUUCCUAUCGCGCAGCGCAACCCCAGGUAUCUCCUGGCAUGCGACAUCUCGACUGCCAUGACUACAGAGGCGCGUACGCGGGCAGAGCAGCUGCUCACCGCUGACCAGUUUGCUCGUUGUGCGUUUCGCACCGCAGACCUCGAGUCCAUCCCCGAAACUGAGCGCUUCGAUACUGUGUGCUGCAUAGACGUCCUGAUCCACUAUCCUACAGCGCAGGCUGCGGACAUGAUCGACCACUUGUCGAAAAUCGCCCGGCAGCGCUUGAUUCUUUCGUUUGCACCCCGAACGCUUUACUACGUGCUGCUGAAACGCAUUGGGGACUUUUUCCCCGGUCCCAGUAAGGCGACUCGAGCUUACUUACAUUCAGAGAAGGAAAUUCGCGAGACCCUAGAACGCAACGGUUGGCGGGUGCAGUCGUCGGCAUUCACGGCGACGCGCUUCUAUUUCAGCAAGGUUCUCGAAGCUAUUCGGUGA